AUGGUCGGGCCAGCUAUUCCAGAUGGCGACGAAGGGAUCUCGCUGCUCGAGUUUCACGGGAACGGUGACCGCUCCUGGCAGCUAAACUUCGACGAUUUCCAGGUUUCACCGGAGCACAAGGAGAAGAAACCGCCGAGCAAGCUCCAUAAUUGUCUCGGCUGUUUGGGUAAUUCUCUUCUCCUCUCGACAUUUCCGUUUUCUUCUUCGGUUUCAUCUUUAGCUUGGUGA